AUGGUGACCAUGGGGAAGAAGCAGCAGCUGGCCGAUGACGAAGAGAACUGCUACGGCGUCGGCGGCGCUGAGUCAGCGGGCGGCGUCGACGCCGAGGGCAGGGCGACGGAUCUUCGCCCUCUGGCGCUGUCGUCGCCGCACACGCAGGCGUUCCACCUGGCCUGGCUCUCCCUCUUCGCCUGCUUCUUCGCGGCCUUCGCGGCGCCACCCAUCCUCCUGGCUCUGCGGCCCGCGCUCGUGCUCGCGCCCUCCGACUCCGCCGCCGCCGUGGGCUCCCUCUCCGCCACGCUGGUCGGUAGGCUCGCCAUGGGCCCCACCUGCGACCUCCUCGGCCCGCGCCGCGCGUCCGGGUUCGCCAGCCUCCUGGCCGCGCUCGCCGUCGCGGUCACCGCGUCGUCGCCCGCGGGCUUCGUCGCGCUGCGCUUCGCGGCGGGCCUCUCCCUCGCCAACUUCGUCGCCAACCAGCACUGGAUGUCGGGCAUCUUCGCGCCCUCCGCCAUCGGGCUCGCCAACGCCGUCGCGGCCGGCUGGGCCAACGUCGGCAGCGCCGCGGCGCAGCUCGUCAUGCCGCUCGCCUACGAGCACGUCCUCCGCCUCGGCGUGCCCAUCACCGUCGCCUGGCGCGUCACCUACCUCCUCCCCUGCGCGCUGCUCAUCACCACGGGCCUCGCCGUCCUCGCCUUCCCCUACGACGACCUCCCACGCGGCGCUGGCGUCGGCGGCGGAGCCAAGACCGGCAAGAGCUUCUGGAAGGUGGUACGCGGAGGGGUGGGCAACUACCGCGCGUGGGUGCUCGCGAUCACCUACGGCUACUGCUACGGCGUCGAGCUCAUCAUGGAGAACGUGGCGGCCGAGUUCUUCCGGAAGCGUUUCCACCUCCCCAUGGAGGCUGCGGGUGCCGCCGCGGCGUGCUUUGGCGCGAUGAACGCGGUGGCGCGGCCCGCGGGCGGGGUAGCGUCGGACGCGGUCGCGAGGCUGUUCGGGAUGCGCGGGAGGCUGUGGCUUCUCUGGGCCGUGCAGACCGCCGGCGCGGCACUGUGCGUGCUGGUCGGCAGGAUGGGCGCAGCGGAGGCGCCGUCGCUGGCGGCCACCAUGGCCGUGAUGGUGGCGUCGCUGGGCGUGGUGUCUGGGAUGACGGCGAGCGGCGGAGCGGUGGGCGCGAUCGUGACAAACCGGCUCUUCUUCAGCGGGUCGCGCUACACCAUCGAGGAGGCCAUCUCCCUGACCGGCGCCGCCAGCCUCGUGUGCACGCUCCCGCUGGCCCUCGUCCACUUCCCGCGCCACGGCGGCAUGCUCUGCAGCCCAACCAGCGCCGGCGGUGACGACGCAGAAUAUGACGACAAUAAUAGUGCUGGAGAUUACAUGCUCCUGAAAUGA